CACAUACAACACAAAAGAGGAUGUUGUUGAUUCCAUCAGAGGGCUCAGACACAGAGGAGGAAGACCCCUGAACACCGGGGCCGCCCUCCAGUAUGUCAGGGACAACGUCUUUACUAACUCCUCAGGGAGCAGGCGUACGCAAGGUGUUCCACAAAUGUUGAUCCUGCUGACCGGGGGACGGUCCUCUGACAAUGUCGACAGCCCAGCCUCUGCCCUCAAGCAGCAGGGCAUCUUUGUCACGGGCAUUGGCACCAGGGGCUCUGACAGUGGAGAGCUGCAGAAGAUAUCGUAUGAACCGGAGUAUGCUCUGUCAGUGUCGGACUUCAACGACCUCCCCAGUGUCCAGGAACAGCUGUCCACUGUCUUGAGCAAAGUUGUAGUGAGGGCCACGCCCUUGACACCAACGGUGACCGUGGUGAGAGGAGCACCAGGAAGGGAUGUUGUGUUCUUGCUGGAUGGCUCUGACGGUACUAGAACUGGAUUCCCAGCUAUGCGAGACUUUGUUGAAAGAGUAGUGCAGACACUCAGUGUGGAUGACAACAAAGACCGCGUGUCAGUGGUUCAGUACAGCAGAGACCCAGCUGUCCAGUUCUACCUGAACACGUAUCCAACAAAGAGCCAGAUCCUUGACACCGUCAGAGGUUUGAGGCACAAAGGCGGACGACCGCUCAACACUGGAGCCGCUCUGCAGUACUUGAGGGAUAACGUCUUCACGGCCUCUGCUGGAAGCAGGCGCCUGGACGGCGUUCCACAGCUCCUGAUUCUGCUGAAUGGCGGCAGGUCGUUUGACAGUGUGGAUGCGCCAGCCUCUGCCCUCAAACAGUUGGGCGUGUCCACCUUUGCAAUCGGAACCAGGGGCUCUGAUAGCAGAGAACUGCAGAGGAUAUCUCAGGACCCAAGUCGUGCUCUGGCUGUGUCUGACUUUACUGACCUCCCCGAUGUCCAACAGCAACUGCAGACUUUGGUGGAGUCUGUGGCAACGGACGUCCUCCCAGGAGCACCAACUGCACCUGCUGACACUGCCAAAAGGGACAUUGUAUUCCUCCUGGAUGGUUCUGAUGGCUCAAGGAAUGGCUUCCCUGCCAUGCGCGAGUUUGUUGAGCGAGAGGUGGAGAAACUGAAUGUGGGAGACAACAAGGACCGUGUCUCUGUGGUGCAGUACAGCCGAGACGCGGAGGUCCAUUUCUAUCUGAACACAUACAACACAAAAGAGGAUGUUGUUGAUUCCAUCAGAGGGCUCAGACACAGAGGAGGAAGACCCCUGAACACCGGGGCCGCCCUCCAGUAUGUCAGGGACAACGUCUUUACUAACUCCUCAGGGAGCAGGCGUACGCAAGGUGUUCCACAAAUGUUGAUCCUGCUGACCGGGGGACGGUCCUCUGACAAUGUCGACAGCCCAGCCUCUGCCCUCAAGCAGCAGGGCAUCUUUGUCACGGGCAUUGGCACCAGGGGCUCUGACAGUGGAGAGCUGCAGAAGAUAUCGUAUGAACCGGAGUAUGCUCUGUCAGUGUCGGACUUCAACGACCUCCCCAGUGUCCAGGAACAGCUGUCCACUGUCUUGAGCAAAGUUGUAGUGAGGGCCACGCCCUUGACACCAACGGUGACCGUGGUGAGAGGAGCACCAGGAAGGGAUGUUGUGUUCUUGCUGGAUGGCUCUGACGGUACUAGAACUGGAUUCCCAGCUAUGCGAGACUUUGUUGAAAGAGUAGUGCAGACACUCAGUGUGGAUGACAACAAAGACCGCGUGUCAGUGGUUCAGUACAGCAGAGACCCAGCUGUCCAGUUCUACCUGAACACGUAUCCAACAAAGAGCCAGAUCCUUGACACCGUCAGAGGUUUGAGGCACAAAGGCGGACGACCGCUCAACACUGGAGCCGCUCUGCAGUACUUGAGGGAUAACGUCUUCACGGCCUCUGCUGGAAGCAGGCGCCUGGACGGCGUUCCACAGCUCCUGAUUCUGCUGAAUGGCGGCAGGUCGUUUGACAGUGUGGAUGCGCCAGCCUCUGCCCUCAAACAGUUGGGCGUGUCCACCUUUGCAAUCGGAACCAGGGGCUCUGAUAGCAGAGAACUGCAGAGGAUAUCUCAGGACCCAAGUCGUGCUCUGGCUGUGUCUGACUUUACUGACCUCCCCGAUGUCCAACAGCAACUGCAGACUUUGGUGGAGUCUGUGGCAACGGACGUCCUCCCAGGAGCACCAACUGCACCUGCUGACACUGCCAAAAGGGACAUUGUAUUCCUCCUGGAUGGUUCUGAUGGCUCAAGGAAUGGCUUCCCUGCCAUGCGCGAGUUUGUUGAGCGAGAGGUGGAGAAACUGAAUGUGGGAGACAACAAGGACCGUGUCUCUGUGGUGCAGUACAGCCGAGACGCGGAGGUCCAUUUCUAUCUGAACACAUACAACACAAAAGAGGAUGUUGUUGAUUCCAUCAGAGGGCUCAGACACAGAGGAGGAAGACCCCUGAACACCGGGGCCGCCCUCCAGUAUGUCAGGGACAACGUCUUUACUAACUCCUCAGGGAGCAGGCGUACGCAAGGUGUUCCACAAAUGUUGAUCCUGCUGACCGGGGGACGGUCCUCUGACAAUGUCGACAGCCCAGCCUCUGCCCUCAAGCAGCAGGGCAUCUUUGUCACGGGCAUUGGCACCAGGGGCUCUGACAGUGGAGAGCUGCAGAAGAUAUCGUAUGAACCGGAGUAUGCUCUGUCAGUGUCGGACUUCAACGACCUCCCCAGUGUCCAGGAACAGCUGUCCACUGUCUUGAGCAAAGUUGUAGUGAGGGCCACGCCCUUGACACCAACGGUGACCGUGGUGAGAGGAGCACCAGGAAGGGAUGUUGUGUUCUUGCUGGAUGGCUCUGACGGUACUAGAACUGGAUUCCCAGCUAUGCGAGACUUUGUUGAAAGAGUAGUGCAGACACUCAGUGUGGAUGACAACAAAGACCGCGUGUCAGUGGUUCAGUACAGCAGAGACCCAGCUGUCCAGUUCUACCUGAACACGUAUCCAACAAAGAGCCAGAUCCUUGACACCGUCAGAGGUUUGAGGCACAAAGGCGGACGACCGCUCAACACUGGAGCCGCUCUGCAGUACUUGAGGGAUAACGUCUUCACGGCCUCUGCUGGAAGCAGGCGCCUGGACGGCGUUCCACAGCUCCUGAUUCUGCUGAAUGGCGGCAGGUCGUUUGACAGUGUGGAUGCGCCAGCCUCUGCCCUCAAACAGUUGGGCGUGUCCACCUUUGCAAUCGGAACCAGGGGCUCUGAUAGCAGAGAACUGCAGAGGAUAUCUCAGGACCCAAGUCGUGCUCUGGCUGUGUCUGACUUUACUGACCUCCCCGAUGUCCAACAGCAACUGCAGACUUUGGUGGAGUCUGUGGCAACGGACGUCCUCCCAGGAGCACCAACUGCACCUGCUGACACUGCCAAAAGGGACAUUGUAUUCCUCCUGGAUGGUUCUGAUGGCUCAAGGAAUGGCUUCCCUGCCAUGCGCGAGUUUGUUGAGCGAGAGGUGGAGAAACUGAAUGUGGGAGACAACAAGGACCGUGUCUCUGUGGUGCAGUACAGCCGAGACGCGGAGGUCCAUUUCUAUCUGAACACAUACAACACAAAAGAGGAUGUUGUUGAUUCCAUCAGAGGGCUCAGACACAGAGGAGGAAGACCCCUGAACACCGGGGCCGCCCUCCAGUAUGUCAGGGACAACGUCUUUACUAACUCCUCAGGGAGCAGGCGUACGCAAGGUGUUCCACAAAUGUUGAUCCUGCUGACCGGGGGACGGUCCUCUGACAAUGUCGACAGCCCAGCCUCUGCCCUCAAGCAGCAGGGCAUCUUUGUCACGGGCAUUGGCACCAGGGGCUCUGACAGUGGAGAGCUGCAGAAGAUAUCGUAUGAACCGGAGUAUGCUCUGUCAGUGUCGGACUUCAACGACCUCCCCAGUGUCCAGGAACAGCUGUCCACUGUCUUGAGCAAAGUUGUAGUGAGGGCCACGCCCUUGACACCAACGGUGACCGUGGUGAGAGGAGCACCAGGAAGGGAUGUUGUGUUCUUGCUGGAUGGCUCUGACGGUACUAGAACUGGAUUCCCAGCUAUGCGAGACUUUGUUGAAAGAGUAGUGCAGACACUCAGUGUGGAUGACAACAAAGACCGCGUGUCAGUGGUUCAGUACAGCAGAGACCCAGCUGUCCAGUUCUACCUGAACACGUAUCCAACAAAGAGCCAGAUCCUUGACACCGUCAGAGGUUUGAGGCACAAAGGCGGACGACCGCUCAACACUGGAGCCGCUCUGCAGUACUUGAGGGAUAACGUCUUCACGGCCUCUGCUGGAAGCAGGCGCCUGGACGGCGUUCCACAGCUCCUGAUUCUGCUGAAUGGCGGCAGGUCGUUUGACAGUGUGGAUGCGCCAGCCUCUGCCCUCAAACAGUUGGGCGUGUCCACCUUUGCAAUCGGAACCAGGGGCUCUGAUAGCAGAGAACUGCAGAGGAUAUCUCAGGACCCAAGUCGUGCUCUGGCUGUGUCUGACUUUACUGACCUCCCCGAUGUCCAACAGCAACUGCAGACUUUGGUGGAGUCUGUGGCAACGGACGUCCUCCCAGGAGCACCAACUGCACCUGCUGACACUGCCAAAAGGGACAUUGUAUUCCUUCUGGAUGGUUCUGAUGGCUCAAGGAAUGGCUUCCCUGCCAUGCGCGAGUUUGUUGAGCGAGAGGUGGAGAAACUGAAUGUGGGAGACAACAAGGACCGUGUCUCUGUGGUGCAGUACAGCCGAGACGCGGAGGUCCAUUUCUAUCUGAACACAUACAACACAAAAGAGGAUGUUGUUGAUUCCAUCAGAGGGCUCAGACACAGAGGAGGAAGACCCCUGAACACCGGGGCCGCCCUCCAGUAUGUCAGGGACAACGUCUUUACUAACUCCUCAGGGAGCAGGCGUACGCAAGGUGUUCCACAAAUGUUGAUCCUGCUGACCGGGGGACGGUCCUCUGACAAUGUCGACAGCCCAGCCUCUGCCCUCAAGCAGCAGGGCAUCUUUGUCACGGGCAUUGGCACCAGGGGCUCUGACAGUGGAGAGCUGCAGAAGAUAUCGUAUGAACCGGAGUAUGCUCUGUCAGUGUCGGACUUCAACGACCUCCCCAGUGUCCAGGAACAGCUGUCCACUGUCUUGAGCAAAGUUGUAGUGAGGGCCACGCCCUUGACACCAACGGUGACCGUGGUGAGAGGAGCACCAGGAAGGGAUGUUGUGUUCUUGCUGGAUGGCUCUGACGGUACUAGAACUGGAUUCCCAGCUAUGCGAGACUUUGUUGAAAGAGUAGUGCAGACACUCAGUGUGGAUGACAACAAAGACCGCGUGUCAGUGGUUCAGUACAGCAGAGACCCAGCUGUCCAGUUCUACCUGAACACGUAUCCAACAAAGAGCCAGAUCCUUGACACCGUCAGAGGUUUGAGGCACAAAGGCGGACGACCGCUCAACACUGGAGCCGCUCUGCAGUACUUGAGGGAUAACGUCUUCACGGCCUCUGCUGGAAGCAGGCGCCUGGACGGCGUUCCACAGCUCCUGAUUCUGCUGAAUGGCGGCAGGUCGUUUGACAGUGUGGAUGCGCCAGCCUCUGCCCUCAAACAGUUGGGCGUGUCCACCUUUGCAAUCGGAACCAGGGGCUCUGAUAGCAGAGAACUGCAGAGGAUAUCUCAGGACCCAAGUCGUGCUCUGGCUGUGUCUGACUUUACUGACCUCCCCGAUGUCCAACAGCAACUGCAGACUUUGGUGGAGUCUGUGGCAACGGACGUCCUCCCAGGAGCACCAACUGCACCUGCUGACACUGCCAAAAGGGACAUUGUAUUCCUUCUGGAUGGUUCUGAUGGCUCAAGGAAUGGCUUCCCUGCCAUGCGCGAGUUUGUUGAGCGAGAGGUGGAGAAACUGAAUGUGGGAGACAACAAGGACCGUGUCUCUGUGGUGCAGUACAGCCGAGACGCGGAGGUCCAUUUCUAUCUGAACACAUACAACACAAAAGAGGAUGUUGUUGAUUCCAUCAGAGGGCUCAGACACAGAGGAGGAAGACCCCUGAACACCGGGGCCGCCCUCCAGUAUGUCAGGGACAACGUCUUUACUAACUCCUCAGGGAGCAGGCGUACGCAAGGUGUUCCACAAAUGUUGAUCCUGCUGACCGGGGGACGGUCCUCUGACAAUGUCGACAGCCCAGCCUCUGCCCUCAAGCAGCAGGGCAUCUUUGUCACGGGCAUUGGCACCAGGGGCUCUGACAGUGGAGAGCUGCAGAAGAUAUCGUAUGAACCGGAGUAUGCUCUGUCAGUGUCGGACUUCAACGACCCCAGUGUCCAGGAACAGCUGUCCACUGUCUUGAGCAAAGUUGUAGUGAGGGCCACGCCCUUGACACCAACGGUGACCGUGGUGAGAGGAGCACCAGGAAGGGAUGUUGUGUUCUUGCUGGAUGGCUCUGACGGUACUAGAACUGGAUUCCCAGCUAUGCGAGACUUUGUUGAAAGAGUAGUGCAGACACUCAGUGUGGAUGACAACAAAGACCGCGUGUCAGUGGUUCAGUACAGCAGAGACCCAGCUGUCCAGUUCUACCUGAACACGUAUCCAACAAAGAGCCAGAUCCUUGACACCGUCAGAGGUUUGAGGCACAAAGGCGGACGACCGCUCAACACUGGAGCCGCUCUGCAGUACUUGAGGGAUAACGUCUUCACGGCCUCUGCUGGAAGCAGGCGCCUGGACGGCGUUCCACAGCUCCUGAUUCUGCUGAAUGGCGGCAGGUCGUUUGACAGUGUGGAUGCGCCAGCCUCUGCCCUCAAACAGUUGGGCGUGUCCACCUUUGCAAUCGGAACCAGGGGCUCUGAUAGCAGAGAACUGCAGAGGAUAUCUCAGGACCCAAGUCGUGCUCUGGCUGUGUCUGACUUUACUGACCUCCCCGAUGUCCAACAGCAACUGCAGACUUUGGUGGAGUCUGUGGCAACGGACGUCCUCCCAGGAGCACCAACUGCACCUGCUGACACUGCCAAAAGGGACAUUGUAUUCCUUCUGGAUGGUUCUGAUGGCUCAAGGAAUGGCUUCCCUGCCAUGCGCGAGUUUGUUGAGCGAGAGGUGGAGAAACUGAAUGUGGGAGACAACAAGGACCGUGUCUCUGUGGUGCAGUACAGCCGAGACGCGGAGGUCCAUUUCUAUCUGAACACAUACAACACAAAAGAGGAUGUUGUUGAUUCCAUCAGAGGGCUCAGACACAGAGGAGGAAGACCCCUGAACACCGGGGCCGCCCUCCAGUAUGUCAGGGACAACGUCUUUACUAACUCCUCAGGGAGCAGGCGUACGCAAGGUGUUCCACAAAUGUUGAUCCUGCUGACCGGGGGACGGUCCUCUGACAAUGUCGACAGCCCAGCCUCUGCCCUCAAGCAGCAGGGCAUCUUUGUCACGGGCAUUGGCACCAGGGGCUCUGACAGUGGAGAGCUGCAGAAGAUAUCGUAUGAACCGGAGUAUGCUCUGUCAGUGUCGGACUUCAACGACCUCCCCAGUGUCCAGGAACAGCUGUCCACUGUCUUGAGCAAAGUUGUAGUGAGGGCCACGCCCUUGACACCAACGGUGACCGUGGUGAGAGGAGCACCAGGAAGGGAUGUUGUGUUCUUGCUGGAUGGCUCUGACGGUACUAGAACUGGAUUCCCAGCUAUGCGAGACUUUGUUGAAAGAGUAGUGCAGACACUCAGUGUGGAUGACAACAAAGACCGCGUGUCAGUGGUUCAGUACAGCAGAGACCCAGCUGUCCAGUUCUACCUGAACACGUAUCCAACAAAGAGCCAGAUCCUUGACACCGUCAGAGGUUUGAGGCACAAAGGCGGACGACCGCUCAACACUGGAGCCGCUCUGCAGUACUUGAGGGAUAAUGUCUUCACGGCCUCUGCUGGAAGCAGGCGCCUGGACGGCGUUCCACAGCUCCUGAUUCUGCUGAAUGGCGGCAGGUCGUUUGACAGUGUGGAUGCGCCAGCCUCUGCCCUCAAACAGUUGGGCGUGUCCACCUUUGCAAUCGGAACCAGGGGCUCUGAUAGCAGAGAACUGCAGCGGAUAUCUCAGGACCCAAGUCGUGCUCUGGCUGUGUCUGACUUUACUGACCUCCCCGAUGUCCAACAGCAACUGCAGACUUUGGUGGAGUCUGUGGCAACGGACGUCCUCCCAGGAGCACCAACUGCACCUGCUGACACUGCCAAAAGGGACAUUGUAUUCCUCCUGGAUGGUUCUGAUGGCUCAAGGAAUGGCUUCCCUGCCAUGCGCGAGUUUGUUGAGCGAGAGGUGGAGAAACUGAAUGUGGGAGACAACAAGGACCGUGUCUCUGUGGUGCAGUACAGCCGAGACGCGGAGGUCCAUUUCUAUCUGAACACAUACAACACAAAAGAGGAUGUUGUUGAUUCCAUCAGAGGGCUCAGACACAGAGGAGGAAGACCCCUGAACACCGGGGCCGCCCUCCAGUAUGUCAGGGACAACGUCUUUACUAACUCCUCAGGGAGCAGGCGUACGCAAGGUGUUCCACAAAUGUUGAUCCUGCUGACCGGGGGACGGUCCUCUGACAAUGUCGACAGCCCAGCCUCUGCCCUCAAGCAGCAGGGCAUCUUUGUCACGGGCAUUGGCACCAGGGGCUCUGACAGUGGAGAGCUGCAGAAGAUAUCGUAUGAACCGGAGUAUGCUCUGUCAGUGUCGGACUUCAACGACCUCCCCAGUGUCCAGGAACAGCUGUCCUCUGUCUUGAGCAAAGUUGUAGUGAGGGCCACGCCCUUGACACCAACGGUGACCGUGGUGAGAGGAGCACCAGGAAGGGAUGUUGUGUUCUUGCUGGAUGGCUCUGACGGUACUAGAACUGGAUUCCCAGCUAUGCGAGACUUUGUUGAAAGAGUAGUGCAGACACUCAGUGUGGAUGACAACAAAGACCGCGUGUCAGUGGUUCAGUACAGCAGAGACCCAGCUGUCCAGUUCUACCUGAACACGUAUCCAACAAAGAGCCAGAUCCUUGACACCGUCAGAGGUUUGAGGCACAAAGGCGGACGACCGCUCAACACUGGAGCCGCUCUGCAGUACUUGAGGGAUAACGUCUUCACGGCCUCUGCUGGAAGCAGGCGCCUGGACGGCGUUCCACAGCUCCUGAUUCUGCUGAAUGGCGGCAGGUCGUUUGACAGUGUGGAUGCGCCAGCCUCUGCCCUCAAACAGUUGGGCGUGUCCACCUUUGCAAUCGGAACCAGGGGCUCUGAUAGCAGAGAACUGCAGAGGAUAUCUCAGGACCCAAGUCGUGCUCUGGCUGUGUCUGACUUUACUGACCUCCCCGAUGUCCAACAGCAACUGCAGACUUUGGUGGAGUCUGUGGCAACGGACGUCCUCCCAGGAGCACCAACUGCACCUGCUGACACUGCCAAAAGGGACAUUGUAUUCCUUCUGGAUGGUUCUGAUGGCUCAAGGAAUGGCUUCCCUGCCAUGCGCGAGUUUGUUGAGCGAGAGGUGGAGAAACUGAAUGUGGGAGACAACAAGGACCGUGUCUCUGUGGUGCAGUACAGCCGAGACGCGGAGGUCCAUUUCUAUCUGAACACAUACAACACAAAAGAGGAUGUUGUUGAUUCCAUCAGAGGGCUCAGACACAGAGGAGGAAGACCCCUGAACACCGGGGCCGCCCUCCAGUAUGUCAGGGACAACGUCUUUACUAACUCCUCAGGGAGCAGGCGUACGCAAGGUGUUCCACAAAUGUUGAUCCUGCUGACCGGGGGACGGUCCUCUGACAAUGUCGACAGCCCAGCCUCUGCCCUCAAGCAGCAGGGCAUCUUUGUCACGGGCAUUGGCACCAGGGGCUCUGACAGUGGAGAGCUGCAGAAGAUAUCGUAUGAACCGGAGUAUGCUCUGUCAGUGUCAGACUUCAACGACCUCCCCAGUGUCCAGGAACAGCUGUCCACUGUCUUGAGCAAAGUUGUAGUGAGGGCCACGCCCUUGACACCAACGGUGACCGUGGUGAGAGGAGCACCAGGAAGGGAUGUUGUGUUCUUGCUGGAUGGCUCUGACGGUACUAGAACUGGAUUCCCAGCUAUGCGAGACUUUGUUGAAAGAGUAGUGCAGACACUCAGUGUGGAUGACAACAAAGACCGCGUGUCAGUGGUUCAGUACAGCAGAGACCCAGCUGUCCAGUUCUACCUGAACACGUAUCCAACAAAGAGCCAGAUCCUUGACACCGUCAGAGGUUUGAGGCACAAAGGCGGACGACCGCUCAACACUGGAGCCGCUCUGCAGUACUUGAGGGAUAACGUCUUCACGGCCUCUGCUGGAAGCAGGCGCCUGGACGGCGUUCCACAGCUCCUGAUUCUGCUGAAUGGCGGCAGGUCGUUUGACAGUGUGGAUGCGCCAGCCUCUGCCCUCAAACAGUUGGGCGUGUCCACCUUUGCAAUCGGAACCAGGGGCUCUGAUAGCAGAGAACUGCAGCGGAUAUCUCAGGACCCAAGUCGUGCUCUGGCUGUGUCUGACUUUACUGACCUCCCCGAUGUCCAACAGCAACUGCAGACUUUGGUGGAGUCUGUGGCAACGGACGUCCUCCCAGGAGCACCAACUGCACCUGCUGACACUGCCAAAAGGGACAUUGUAUUCCUUCUGGAUGGUUCUGAUGGCUCAAGGAAUGGCUUCCCUGCCAUGCGCGAGUUUGUUGAGCGAGAGGUGGAGAAACUGAAUGUGGGAGACAACAAGGACCGUGUCUCUGUGGUGCAGUACAGCCGAGACGCGGAGGUCCAUUUCUAUCUGAACACAUACAACACAAAAGAGGAUGUUGUUGAUUCCAUCAGAGGGCUCAGACACAGAGGAGGAAGACCCCUGAACACCGGGGCCGCCCUCCAGUAUGUCAGGGACAACGUCUUUACUAACUCCUCAGGGAGCAGGCGUACGCAAGGUGUUCCACAAAUGUUGAUCCUGCUGACCGGGGGACGGUCCUCUGACAAUGUCGACAGCCCAGCCUCUGCCCUCAAGCAGCAGGGCAUCUUUGUCACAGGCAUUGGCACCAGGGGCUCUGACAGUGGAGAGCUGCAGAAGAUAUCGUAUGAACCGGAGUAUGCUCUGUCAGUGUCGGACUUCAACGACCUCCCCAGUGUCCAGGAACAGCUGUCCACUGUCUUGAGCAAAGUUGUAGUGAGGGCCACGCCCUUGACACCAACGGUGACCGUGGUGAGAGGAGCACCAGGAAGGGAUGUUGUGUUCUUGCUGGAUGGCUCUGACGGUACUAGAACUGGAUUCCCAGCUAUGCGAGACUUUGUUGAAAGAGUAGUGCAGACACUCAGUGUGGAUGACAACAAAGACCGCGUGUCAGUGGUUCAGUACAGCAGAGACCCAGCUGUCCAGUUCUACCUGAACACGUAUCCAACAAAGAGCCAGAUCCUUGACACCGUCAGAGGUUUGAGGCACAAAGGCGGACGACCGCUCAACACUGGAGCCGCUCUGCAGUACUUGAGGGAUAACGUCUUCACGGCCUCUGCUGGAAGCAGGCGCCUGGACGGCGUUCCACAGCUCCUGAUUCUGCUGAAUGGCGGCAGGUCGUUUGACAGUGUGGAUGCGCCAGCCUCUGCCCUCAAACAGUUGGGCGUGUCCACCUUUGCAAUCGGAACCAGGGGCUCUGAUAGCAGAGAACUGCAGAGGAUAUCUCAGGACCCAAGUCGUGCUCUGGCUGUGUCUGACUUUACUGACCUCCCCGAUGUCCAACAGCAACUGCAGACUUUGGUGGAGUCUGUGGCAACGGACGUCCUCCCAGGAGCACCAACUGCACCUGCUGACACUGCCAAAAGGGACAUUGUAUUCCUUCUGGAUGGUUCUGAUGGCUCAAGGAAUGGCUUCCCUGCCAUGCGCGAGUUUGUUGAGCGAGAGGUGGAGAAACUGAAUGUGGGAGACAACAAGGACCGUGUCUCUGUGGUGCAGUACAGCCGAGACGCGGAGGUCCAUUUCUAUCUGAACACAUACAACACAAAAGAGGAUGUUGUUGAUUCCAUCAGAGGGCUCAGACACAGAGGAGGAAGACCCCUGAACACCGGGGCCGCCCUCCAGUAUGUCAGGGACAACGUCUUUACUAACUCCUCAGGGAGCAGGCGCACGCAAGGUGUUCCACAAAUGUUGAUCCUGCUGACCGGGGGGCGGUCCUCUGACAAUGUCGACAGCCCAGCCUCUGCCCUCAAGCAGCAGGGCAUCUUUGUCACGGGCAUUGGCACCAGGCGCUCUGACAGUGGAGAGCUGCAGAAGAUAUCGUAUGAACCGGAGUAUGCUCUGUCAGUGUCGGACUUCAACGACCUCCCCAGUGUCCAGGAACAGCUGUCCACUGUCUUGAGCAAAGUUGUAGUGAGGGCCACGCCCUUGACACCAACGGUGACCGUGGUGAGAGGAGCACCAGGAAGGGAUGUUGUGUUCUUGCUGGAUGGCUCUGACGGUACUAGAACUGGAUUCCCAGCUAUGCGAGACUUUGUUGAAAGAGUAGUGCAGACACUCAGUGUGGAUGACAACAAAGACCGUGUUUCAGUGGUUCAGUACAGCAGAGACCCAGCUGUCCAGUUCUACCUGAACACGUAUCCAACAAAGAGCCAGAUCCUUGACACCGUCAGAGGUUUGAGGCACAAAGGCGGACGACCGCUCAACACUGGAGCCGCUCUGCAGUACUUGAGGGAUAACGUCUUCACGGCCUCUGCUGGAAGCAGGCGCCUGGACGGCGUUCCACAGCUCCUGAUUCUGCUGAAUGGCGGCAGGUCGUUUGACAGUGUGGAUGCGCCAGCCUCUGCCCUCAAACAGUUGGGCGUGUCCACCUUUGCAAUCGGAACCAGGGGCUCUGAUAGCAGAGAACUGCAGAGGAUAUCUCAGGACCCAAGUCGUGCUCUGGCUGUGUCUGACUUUACUGACCUCCCCGAUGUCCAACAGCAAUUCCAGCCAUUUAUAUCUGACAUCUUCCCUCGUCAUAACAUCAUAUUUUGUAUUAUAGCGGAGAACCAGGGCCCACGGAAGGAUAUUGUUUUCCUUGUCGACGGUUCAGAGGGCGUUGGCCUGGAAUUUGCCAUCAUCCGGGAGUUCAUCCGCAGGAUCGUGGAGAGUCUCAGUGUUGGGGAGGACAAGAUUCGGAUCGGCUUUGUUCAGUAUGGUGACGUUGCUCAAGCUGACAUGUUCCUGAACACACAUACAACCAAAGCGGGUGUUCUGAACGGCAUCACAGGACUGAGGCGGCGAGGAGGAAGACAACGUAAUCUGGGUCAAGCCUUGCAAUUUAUCAGCCAGGAUGUUCUGACAGCAGCACGAGGAAGCAGGAAGAAUGAAGGUGUCCCGCAGUUUGUAGUACUUGUGUCUAGCGGACCUUCCACAGAUGAUAUCAAUCGUGCAGCAAACUCCCUUAAACAAUCUGGAGUUCUUCCCUUCAGCAUUGGGACCAGGGAGGUCAAUCCCAGAGAACUGCAGGUGGUGUCAUAUGUGCCCGAAUACGCCUUCACUGUAGAUGAUCUUCCUGGACUCUACACUGUCCAAGAAAACAUCAUCAACACGAUAACAGAGCUAUCAGACGAAGAAAUUGCCAAUAAGCGUCCACAGUUCUCAACAUAUGAAGUGUCCGUACCACUACCAUCAGGAGGAGAGAAAAGGGAUGUCGUAUUCCUUAUUGAUGGUACAACAGCAAGGCGUAGGGAGUUCAACAACAUCCGCGACAUGAUAAGAAGAGUCGUAGAGAAGCUGGAUGUAGGAGUCGAUAAGGUCCGGAUUUCUGUGGUGCAGUACAGUGAUGAUCCAAAGUUAGAAUUCCGACUGAAUGAUUUCUCCACCAAAAAUGAGGUGCGACAGGCUGUGACGAGGCUUCAAAGCAAAGGAGGAAAUAGCCUGAACACAGGUCGUGCACUUGAGUAUGUUGCCCGGAAUAUCUAUCAGAGGUCAGCUGGAAGCCGCAUCGAGGAUGGGGUGCCUCAGUUCCUCAUUCUCGUCACCGGUGGCACUUCUGAUGAUGAUGUAUCUGCCUCGGCUGACCAACUGAAGAGAAACCAGAUUGCACCUCUUGCCAUUGGCUCAAGAAAUGCCGAUCCAGAGGAGUUGAAGAAGAUUUCCCUGAGGCCAGAGCUUGCGUACACAGUGACCAGUUUCCAAGAACUACCAAGUGUGGAGUCGCAGCUGAUUGAUUCAGUCAAAACUAUAUCCACUGCUGAUAUUAUCAGUAGUUAUGUUCCUACAACAACAGUGGACCGAGGCACUCUCAAUCUUGGUAAAAAAGACAUCAUCUUCCUCAUCGAUGGCUCUGACAGUACAGGUUCCGCUGGCCUUGCUCAUAUUCGUGAUUUCAUCCUCAACAUCGUUCAACAACUGGAUGUGCAGCCUAAUCAAGUGCGCGUGGGUGUUGUCCAGUAUGCAGAUAAAGUUCAAACAGAGUUUUCAUUGAACUCACACAACAACAAGCCGGCUGUAGUCUCCGCUGUUAAAAGACUUCGUCAGAUGGGUGGACGGUCAUCAGAUUUGGCUGAUGCCAUUAAUUACGUCAUACAAAAUGAGCUGAAACCCAAUGCCGGCCUCCGUCCAACUGAGGCUUCCCAACACCUUGUGGUUCUAACAGGUGAACGUUCUCCCCAAGAUGUUUCCCUCUAUGGACCCCUGCUUAAGGGUUCCCGUGUCAACUGCAUUGGUGUUGGAACUGGUGGAGCGGACACGAGGCAGCUUUCCCAAAUUGCCACCACUUCAGAUGAUGUCCUUCAAGUUCCUACAUUCCCUGGCUUGCCAUCAGUACGAGAGAGAUUAAUAGCCAGGUUGAGUGGAUCUGUCAUUGAGGAAUAUGAGCCUCCCACUGAUCCCCAGAUCCCAAUUAAAAAGGCUGAUAUUGUGUUUUUGGUGGAUGGUUCCAUUAACUUGGGUCGGGACAACUUCAAACAAGUGAUGAACUUCAUCUCCGAACUCAUUGACUCAUUCUUCACUGACAGGGAUCAACUACGCAUUGGACUGGCACAUUAUGCAACAGAUGUUACUGAUGUCUUUUUCCUCAACACACACAAAAACAGGCAAGACAUUAUAGAUGCCAUUGGCCAAGCAGAAUAUCAAGGUGGACGCAGAAUCAACACUGGUGCUGCCAUUCGCCACGUUCAAGAUGUUCACUUCACAAGACAAAAGGGCAGCAGGAUCGAUGAGGGCAUUCCUCAGAUCCUGAUGCUUAUUACCGCUGGACAAUCAGCUGAUGACAGCAAAACCGCUGCUCUAGGACUGAAGAGUAAGGGUGUAAGAAUCUUUGCUGUGGGAGUGGGCAACAUUCAGAAUGAGCUGGAGAACCUUGCAAGUGAGUCAUCCACUGUGGAGCGUACAAGCACCUUUCAAGGACUUUCAGAGCUCAACGAACGAAUUCUGGUGACUCUGGAUGAAGAAUUGAAGGGGAAACUGUGCGUUGGUGGGCUAGAACCAUCAAGAACAUGCAGCAUAGAAGUGUUGGUAGGCUUUGAUGUGGGUGCCCAGAACAUUUUCAGUGCCCAGACCAAUCUUCAAAGCAAGAUGGGCGCCAUUCUGCAGAGGAUUUCUAAACUAGCACCUACGAGUUGCCUAGGUGGGCAGACUCCCUCUGUCCAAGUGGGCAUUGUGGCGCUGGAUUCAGCCUCGGAACCUGUCCAGAUUGAUUUCACCAACAACGCAGAUGAGCUAUUUGAGUCCUUUAGAGGCCUCAGGAGUCGUGGCCCAUUUGUUCUCAAUGGAAAGACCAUCUCAGCAUAUACCAACAGGUUCAGAGUCAGACAGGACAACGUUGUCAAGGUUGUUAUUCAUUUGACUGAUGGUCUUGACGCCUCAUAUGCUGAAGUGAAACGCAGCGUUGAAGAGCUUCGACAGUCAGGAGUGAACAGCUUUAUUCUGGUUGGCCUGGAGAGGGUGCCAAAGUUUGAAGAUGCUACACUGCUUGAGUUCGGUCGAGGCUUCAGAUACACCAGACCUUUGCGUCUCAAUAUCAUGGACUUAGAUUAUGAGCUUAUGGAAGAACUUGACAGUAUUGCAGAAAGGGAGUGCUGUGGAGUACCAUGCAAAUGUACUGGCACCAGAGGAGACAGAGGAGCGGUUGGACAGCCAGGAUCAAAGGGUGGACCAGGAUUACCAGGAAGCCAAGGACAUCCAGGAGACGAGGGUGGAGCUGGAGACCGAGGUCCUCCUGGUGUAAAUGGAACUCAAGGUUUCCAGGGAUGUCCUGGACCAAGAGGCGUUAAGGGCUCUCGCGGUUACUCUGGGGACAAGGGUGAACUUGGAGAACUUGGGCUCGAUGGCAUCAAUGGGGAAGAAGGCAAAAGUGGAGUGGCUGGGCCCCCAGGAGACCGAGGAAACCCUGGGAGAAGAGGUGCCAAAGGCAUCAAAGGACAAGCUGGAGAUAUUGGAGAAGUGGGAAUCAGAGGCGAUCCUGGUACAAGUGGAAGCGAUAACAACCAGCCAGGACCUAAAGGAGACCCUGGUGAUGCUGGACCACCGGGAGAGCCUGGAGAGGAUGGAAAUCCUGGAGGCCCCGGUGAACCCGGAAGAAGGGGAUCUGAUGGCAGGAGAGGCCCCCCCGGCCAAGCUGGAAAUCCUGGAGGGUCCGGAGCUGAGGGCGUGCAGGGAGAGCCUGGUAUCGGAGGAUCUCGAGGUCCAGCUGGACCUGGUGGUACAAAAGGACCCAGGGGAGAGGAUGGUAACCCUGGACCAAGGGGUCCUGGAGGUCUUCCAGGCCCGGCUGGAGAAAAGGGAAGAAGGGGAGCUCUUGGACGCAAGGGAGAACCAGGAGACCCAGGACCAAAGGGUAUCCUCGGCCCCCUCGGCCCCCGCGGAGAGCCUGGUGAGGAUGGCAGGGAUGGAUUUGGUGUUCAAGGACCCAAAGGAAGAAAGGGUGACGAAGGCUUCCCAGGAUUCCCAGGACCAAAGGGAGCAGCUGGGGACCCUGGCACUCGUGGAGGACCUGGACCUCGUGGAAAUCGUGGACAGAGGGGUGUUUCUGGUGGUAUUGGCACCCCUGGACAGAAAGGAGAAGUUGGAUAUCCUGGCACAUAUGGUCUCAAAGGACCACGAGGACCUGGUGUUGUGCAAUGCGACUUGGUCAAGAAGAUCAGAGACAACUGUCCUUGCUGUUAUGGUCAGCAAGAAUGCCCACUGUACCCGACGGAGCUAGCCUUCGCUUUGGACAUCUCUCAGGGCGUGGGCCGCCCGGCCUUCAACAACAUGCGUGACACGCUCCUUCAGAUAGUCAAGGACAUCACCAUCUCCGAGAGCAACUGUCCGAGAGGAGCUCGCGUCGCCUUGACCCUGUACAACAGCGAAGUGACCACAGACACCCGCUUUGCCGAUUCCAUGAAGAAACGCAGCCUGGUGGAGCGUAUCGAGGGACUGCAGAUUCCAACCUCUGACAAGCAGCGCAGCUUGGACACGGCCAUGAAUUUUGUGGCCCAGAAUACCUUCAAGAGAGUCCGGAGCGGUUUCCUCAUGAGGAAGGUGGCCGUCUUCUUUGUUGGCGGACCAGCCGGGAAGCCGCAGGCCAUAUCGCAGGCAGCUCUCCGCCUUCACGACGCCGGAAUAGCCACUUUGUUUUUGGUCAACCGUGAGGACAGAGCUCUUAGCAGAGCAGUGCAGGUCAACAACACAGCCCUGGCCCAGGUCAUUGUUCUCCCCAACCCAGGAACUGCGCAGUACCAAUCAGUGCUCCAAAAGGUUAUGAACUGUCAUGUUUGCUUCGAUAUCUGCUCUCCGGACCAGAUAUGUGACUAUGAGCCCCCGCAGGCCGGCCGAAGCCGCCGAUCUUUCGUCUCGGAUGUGGACCUCGACAUGGGAUUCGUCAUGGACAGCUCAGAGUCCACUUACCCAACCGUCUUCACUGAGAUCAAACGCUACAUAGCUCACAUGGUGGAGAACCUUCAAAUUUCUGCAAACCCAACAUCUUCCCUUCACCAGGCCCGAGUGUCCGUGGUGCAGCAGGCACCUUAUGAGUUCAUCCACAACAAAACCGGCUCUCCCAUCCAAGUGGACAUUGGCCUGACUGCGCACGGCUCAGGUCAGGCCAUCGUGAAGUUCCUGCUGGAGAAGACCCCGCAGCUAGAGGGCGGCCGAGCACUUGCAGCUGCCAUCGACUCGACGGUGGAGCAGGUAUUCGAGAAGGCGCCUGUCCAGCGGGACAGGAAAGUGCUCAUUCUCUUCGUGACGGGCAGUGUGGAACAAGAAGAGGAACAGCUGAUCCGUAUUGCCACUGAGGUCAAAUGCAGGGGAUACUUCUUGGUCAUCUUCGGCGUUGGCGACACAUUGAGUGCAAGAGAUGCUCGUGUGUUGUCGCGCAUGGCCAGCGAACCUUCAGAUGUCUUCUUUAAGAGGCUGGAUGCCGUCUCACGCUUCUAUGACAAACACAUCCAAACUUUUGGUCAAUUGCUGCCCAAGUACAUCACCUUUGAAAAUGCUUUCUACAUGUCUCCUGAAGUUGCCAAACACUGCAAGUGGUUCCAGAAUGAUCAGGCACAGAAACACCCCUUCAAAGCAUCACCGGAACAGGAGAAACAUGUGAAACUUCAUGAAACUCACCAAGCGGUUCAUCAAAGAAAGCACAAAGAUGCAGAUGAGCUGCAUGUCUUCAACGUGACCUGUAGCAGCUUGAGAUUGCGUUGGAGCAACCCGGACCCCAAACUCUUCGUCUACUUUGAGGUAGCGGUGACCCGACUGAGCGACCACGCUCUGGUGCUGAAGACCAACGUUUCGGGCACCGAGCUCUUGGUGGAUAACCUGGAGAGCGCUCAGACAUACCACGCUGUUGUGACGGCUUACACAGCAGAAGGUCAUACCGUCUCCACCCGCAAAGGCAUCGUCACUACCAAAGCAGCGGAGCAUAAGCCAGUCAGCCCAGACGCCAGCAGUGUAAACACCACACCACUGGCCAAACCCCAAACCGUUAAUGACCUUGCAGACCCAUGCUCACUUGACUUUGACCUGGGAAUGCCGUGCAAAGAAUAUCAGGCUAAGUGGUUCUUUGACAGAAAGAGCGGGUUCUGUACAAGGUUCUGGUAUGGAGGUUGUGGAGGCAAUGAGAAUAGGUUCGACACUGAGGCCCUCUGCCUGAAGCGCUGCGUGGGGAUAGAACCAGAACCUCAGCUGAAGGCGCCACAGGUUGAACAAGUGGAGGUCCUCCCAGUUCCAGCGUCCUCCACAGCCGUGGACAUCUGCCAGCUUCCCAAAGAGGAAGGCUCCUGUGCCAAGUUCGUCCUCAAGUGGCACUUCGACGCUGUGAGCAAGAGCUGCAUGCGCUUCUGGUACGGCGGCUGCGGUGGAAACCAGAACCGCUUCGACACACAUGAGCAGUGUGUAAAAGCUUGUGGACAUGCAGCACCAGUCAAGCCGGGAGUCAUCGCUUCGAUAAGAACAUAGGACAGAAGUGACGGACAUGGCCAGAUUUUACCUCUGUUCAGGGGAUUCUGAGGAAACAAACCAUCCACAAUGGCCAUAUUGUAAGAAUGCAAUACCAAAGCAAUGGUGGCUGCACUGGAUUCCACUAUCAUGGACUUUAUCCCCAAAACUUCUUGAAGUAGUUUUUUUUUUUUUUUGUUCAUAUUUCCACAACAUGAAAAGAAGGCGACACAAUUUGCUGCAUGACUUGUUUUUACUGGUGCUACAUAGUAUGUGUGUUUGAAAGUGCAUUCGCUUUUGUAAAGUCAAGAGUUCAGGAACAAUGACAUGAUACAAGGUUGGGUCAUUUUCUUUAAAAAAAAGAAAAAGAAAAAAAAGGAAGUCUUUAUAAUUAAACAGAAAUCAUAUAUGAAUAUGUUGGACAGAGAUUAGUUAAUAAAACAGUACAGUCAGAACUGGCCUUGUUCAAUGCAGUAAUCUCUUCUUCUGUUUUACAUUCCACACUCACAUUGGCUUAUAUAUUGUUUUCCUACUCACGUUAUCCCUGUGGAAUCUUUACUUCACUAUUUCACCGUCACGCUACCCACAGCAAUGUUUACACAGGUCUUAUGAAGGAGGCAGUGUGUGUAUUUAACAGUCGGCGACCCGCUGCGCGGAUGCAGAGCGGCCCGUUUCAAAGGUGCACUUCUGAACCCACUGCCUCAGUCACAGCAUCUCCAGCUAUCGAAAGACAGAAUGUACUUGUCAAGCUGUUUGUAUUUUUGUUUGUUUCAUUAGGGUUUACAGAAAUAUGUGUUUCAUCUGGGUAUGGGGGAAAUAAAACCGAAUUAGACUUUCUAAUAAACAUGAGCAACUGA